AUAUUAUUAAUAAUAAGAGAAAAAGAAAAUUCUAACUGGCUGGAUGUAUGUAUGUGUGUGUGGUUGUAUCGUGUAACCGCGAAUCCAACUUUUCAGUUUCGUCCGUUGCCGCUCCUUUCGUUUAACCGAAAAAUUAAACCCUAAUAUUGCGUUUGCCCUUUUUCCCCAUUUCUUAGAUUAGAUCUGUUUUCUUCUCACUACUGUACGCCCAGUUGCUUGGAAAAUUGGACGUUUUUGUGUGAAUUGACAAUUUAUGCACUAGAUCUGUGCGUGUUUGUUUUCUGAUGGAGGAUUGGAUUGCCAAACCGAUUUCAGGUUUAAUGGAUUGAAGGUGGGUUUAAUUGAAUACAUUAAAUUUUAUUUCAGCUCAGAAAUUGGGUUGAGGAGGGAUUGGGGGAAUUGCGUAUGGAUUGAGCCUGGCUGCCUAUCCUCACUGGGUCUCGGUUAUUUUCUGUAAAAUGAAAUUUAUGGGACAUUUGCAUGAUACCUGGAAUUCUUGCUGGUUGGGUUCUGGAUUGUCAAGUUUGAGAAACUUUAUGCUGCUUUUUGAAUAAAAGGUGGAGCAUAAUGGAUUAGUGCUUUUAGGUUAUGGAAAAACUAGAGUAGAAUCUCUGAAUAGUUUUGCUAAACUUUAAUUUGGUGGGGUGGAGUACGUGCUACUGUUUAAUUUAUAUUUUUAUUGAUUUUGCGUGGUGGCCUUUGUGGAUAGGGAGGAGAAGACAGCUUCGUGCAUUUUGGGCGGAUUGUUUGCACAAUAGCAUAAUGGAAAUUGAUAGCCAAGUUAGCAUUCAAUCUAAGUGUGGCGAAUAUAUGAUAGAGGAUUGUGGAGAAGCUGAGUUUUGUGCAAAGGAGUUAGGCACGGAACUGUUUAAUGUGGAAAUUAGACCUUGUGCAGAAUCCAAUGUUGGUGAUAGUAUGGAAGGUUUAGAGGCUUCUACAUCAAUGCAGCCGAUGGACAAUGAUACGGAUGGCAAGGGAGUAGCCCAUAUUGCUGACAUUUGGACAGAGGAAGUAGCAAAUGGUGGUGCGCUGCAUUCUCUGGUAGAAAAUCCUGUGAAGGAUGCCACAGGUGAAUUAGACCUUUGCUCUGAAGUUCAAGUGAAAGAAAUUGGAAACUCUUCAAAGCUACAACCUCAGACCUAUGCUGAACAAGUUUUUGUCAAUGAAAAGGUGGAGCCCUUGUCCAAAAGCUUGAACAAUGGUGUUGGGGAAGAUCCGUGUGUUAACAUUUUAGUUGAGAAAGCGCUGAAUGAUGCAGAGGUGAAGGAAAAGGAAGUCAUAGGUGACAGUGAAAUAAAACCAUGUGUUGAAAGCCAUGCUCUUGAACCAAUGGAAGUUAGUAACUUGGGGCCAUUUACCAUUGGGAAAGAUAUUAAAGAAGAAAAAGUUGAUGCUUCGGAGCCUUGUCCUAAACAUGAAGUGAGAGAGGCCUCCAAUGAUGAUAUCUACUCAGAGGUUUCAAACCCAAAUCUGCCCCCAAAGCAUGUUUCCUCGAGCAUGACCAUCAGUAGCCAGCCACCUGAUGUCCAUGGAAGUGAUCAAGGUUGCUGUGGAGAGGUCACAUCUGCUUGUUAUAGAAGUUUAUUUGCUGAUGAGGAAGUGCACAAGAAGUGUACAGCAGAAUCAGUGUCCACAGCUUGUGUGGUUCUUGAAAUUCCAAAGCAUGUUAGGCCCACUGGCAUUAGGAAGAUAACUUUUAAGUUUAGGAAGCGGAAGGAGGAUUACGACUGUGCCCUAUCUGUGGCUGUCAAACCCUUGAGUAGUGAAAUAAAUUUAAGCGCGGAUGGGAUUGAUCUUCAUGGAACACAAAGUCUUUCUAUGGCUAGCAAAGCAAUGCCAGAUUAUUACCCUGCAAAUGUCAAAAAGCUGUUGUCCACAGGAAUUUUGGAAGGAGCCAGGGUUACGUAUAUUUCCUUGUCAGGAGAGAAAGAGAUUCCUGGAAUUGUCAAGGGUUGCAGCUACUUGUGUGGUUGUUCUCUAUGCAACUUCUCUAAAAUUGUUAGUGCACAUGACUUUGAGCUUCAUGCUGGUACCAAGACUAGGCAUCCAAAUAAUCAUGUGUAUUUAGAGAAUGGAAAGCCUAUUUGUAGCAUAAUUGAAAAAAUGAGGACUGCUACUCCAAGCACCUGGGAUAGUGUGAUAAGAGCUGUGGCAGGUUCUUCUGUCCAUGAGGAGAAUUUGCAGGCCUGGAAAGCCAAUCUCCCAUAUGGUAACGAUGGAGCCUUCUUAGAUGGUUCAAGUCAAAGCAAGUGCUUUGGCAUGUUCGACUGUAGCACCAGAUAUCCCAGUAAUCAUUCUGAAGACAGCUCAAGCCCUCCUUCAUCUCUUUGUUCUCACCCAAAUCCCUCUCAUCAGGGGAGCUAUUUGAAGGUGCCUGCAGAACAGAAGCGUCCAGCUAAGAAACAGAAGGCCAGUUUGUCUAGUUCAUUUUUGGGACACAAAAAAGCAGCAGCAGGUGGCAACAAAAAAAGGGACAAUGAUUUGCACAAAGUACUGUUCAUGCCAAAUGGAUUACCUGAUGGUACCAGCCUAGCAUAUUAUUCUAAGGGAAAGAGGAUUCUUGGGGGAUACAAGCAGGGAAAUGGUAUAGUCUGUAGUUGUUGUAAUACAGAGGUAAGUCCUUCCCAGUUUGAGGCUCAUGCUGGAUGGGCUGUGAAACGUCAACCGUAUCGGCAUAUAUACACUUCAAGUGGGUAUUCACUGCAUGAUGUAGCAUUGAUGCUAGCCAACGGACAAACUCUUGACUCCAUUGGCAGUGAUGAUAUGUGUGCUUUUUGUGGAGAUGGAGGUGAACUUAAAUUGUGCACAGGCUGUCCUCGGGCUUUUCAUGCAGCUUGUUUGGAUGAAGAAUAUACUGCUGCCGAUGAUUGGAUUUGCCCGUACUGCAAAGAAAAAACUGGUUCUGAUGGAAAAGCAUCUGGAAAGUCAAGAUCUAUUAUCCUUAGAUUAAAAAAAGAUGGCAAAACACCACAAUUUGUAGCAGGAGGUUGCAUUAUCUGCAGGUCACAGGAUUUCAGUCCUGCUAAAUUUGGUGACCGGACAGUGAUUAUAUGUGAUCAAUGUGAGAAGGAAUAUCAUGUUGGUUGUCUACGUGAAUCUGGAAUGUGUGAUCUGAAAGAACUUCCUGGCGAUAAGUGGUUUUGCUGUGUCGAGUGCUACAAGAUUUUUGAGAUACUCCAGAAUAAGUCUAGCAGUGCUCCUGAGGCAAUUCCUUCAUCAGCAUCAGCUAUACUAUAUAAAAGGAAUCCUACUAUGGGUUUGAAUGGGGAGUCGAAGAAUGAGAUUGAAUGGUGUGUUGUUAAUGGGAAAAAACGCUUCAUGGGGCAUUUGAAGCUACUUUCUCGAGCUGCACAAAUUUUUCGCGAGUGCUUUGAUCCUAUAAUUGCCUCAUCAGGUCGGGAUCUUAUCCCAGUCAUGGUGUAUGGGAGGAACAUCUCGGGGCAAGAAUUUAGUGGGAUGUACACUGUUGUUUUAAUUGUAAGGUCCAUUGUUGUAUCAGCUGCUCUUCUCAGGAUUUUUGGGCAAGAGAUUGCUGAAAUUCCGUUGGUGGCCACCGGUAGAAAUUACCAAGGAAAUGGCUACUUUCGGGUGCUGUUUUCCUGCAUAGAGUGGUUUCUGUCAUCCUUGGGUGUGAAACACCUGGCACUCCCUGCUGCCGAGGAAGCUGAAUCUAUGUGGAUGAAUAAGCUAGGGUUUGCAAAGAUGAGCCAUGAGCAGAUGCUGAAGUACACUCGUGACUACCAGCUAACGAUGUUCAAGGGGACAAACUUGCUGGGAAGGGAGGUGCACACAAUUGAAGAGCAAUGAAACAAAUGGACUCGUUUUGUUUGUUUGUUGGCUUUUUCUCUAUUAACAAAAGCAGCAGCAGCAGAGAUGCAACAUACUGCUUGCUUGGAGUUGAUCCUGUUCGAAAUGCAAGUAAAAACAUGCAGAGGUGGAUGGGAUGGGGAUGGCAUGUGAAUUUGGUUGACGAUUGAUUGACGCUGGCUCUCUCAUGUCGGCUAGGAAGGAAGAUAAAUAGAUAUAGAUAUAUAGACAGAGACAUAGACAUAGACGUAGAUAUAGAUUGGUAGAUAGAUGGAUAGAUAUUCCUUCAUUUUGGUUGGUUGGUUGGUUGCUGUACGGUCAGUGAGAGUGAGUGAAUGAGUCAGUUUGGUUUACACGCACCCAUUUUUGGAUUCCCUUCUCCCCCAGUAAGUUUGUGUUCUAUUUUUCAGUUUUACUCCUCGCUCACUCUUUUCAAUACGAAUCUUUUACAGUGGACUAUAUAUUUCAUUGUUUUUUUA